AUGACGACGAUUCGACCAUUCGACGUUUUCGACUUAUUUCGAUUUAAUAAUACAAAUUUGGAUCCCUUGACAGAAACGUACGGUUUCACUUUUUAUUUACAAUAUCUGAUCAAUCAUGGGGAAUAUUUCCAAGUGUGUGAACAUCCAAACGGUGAAAUUAUGGGUUAUGUUAUGGGAAAAGCGGAAGGUGAACAUGAAUAUUGGCAUGGACAUGUUACGGCAGUAACCGUUGCUCCAACAUACCGACGAUUACAUUUGGCGGCACGAAUGAUGCAUACCCUUGAGCAAAUUUCAGAAUUGAAAAAAUGUUAUUUUGUUGAUCUCUUCGUGCGUGUAAGUAAUACUGUGGCAAUCACUAUGUAUAAAAGUCUUGGUUAUGUGGUCUACCGGCGCAUUAUUGAUUAUUACUCUGGUGAAAAUGACGAAGAUGCUUAUGAUAUGCGAAAGGCGUUAUCCAGAGAUCCAGAAAAGAAAUCAAUGAUUUCAAUGAAGCAACCUGUUACGUGUGAUGAGAUUGAUCUUAAGGAUUAG